ACAUACCCGACUGCCUGUGUGAUAUACUUACCAUAGAAACAGGAAGGAAUAUAUCUCGACCUUUGAACAGUUGAGAGCACCAUGUAAUGUACCAGGAAAAGUAGCGAAUCAGAAACCGAAGUUGAUCUUCUAUGUAAUGUCAAGAGCAGAUUAAAUUCAUUUUAAAAGAAGCUUAAACAUUGUACAAGAGAAUUUACGAGUCCUCGCAUGCUCCUCUAAAGAAGUCAAGAUGAGUUUGCAUGCCAAAGUGUGUCUUGUGGUAGUAGGAACUUUCUUUGUCUUCGUUCUCGUUCAAAACGAAAGUAGAAAGCUUGCCGGAUACAAGUAUCCAGUGUACACUACAGCUUUUUGUCCAAGAAAUGAAACAGAAUGGGCUGAGAGGUCGUCAGCUCUCAACUGUAACAAAAGUAACGGUUACACGUGUUUACCGAACGGAAACCUCGAUCAGCUCUUAGAGUUCUGUUAUAUAGUACCCGUUGAAAGGAUUCAGAAAGGUUUUUGUUUGUAUUUAGUGAAACGUGUUUCACUAACUAAUUCAUACAGCUGCAGUCAUUUUACACAAGGGUGUCAUAACCACUCUUUUUUCAGCAAUGAAAUCUAUAAAUACCCGGCUUGCAUUUCACUUGGAAAUGGAUGUUUCCUUGCUGAACCAUCUUGUAAAAGUACAACGCCCCCUCAUAUUCAGAGAACUACACAGCAAUUUAAAAAUGCCUCUAUCAACAAAUGGAAUGGAAGUUUAGACAACACACCAAUCAACGACAAUGAUGAGGCUUUAUUUGUUCCAAUAUUAUUAGGAAUACUCACCCCUAUAUGUAUUCUCUCUUUGCUGUCUGGCUACUACAUAAUCCGUCAAAGAAGACAUGGUGUAGAAUUGCACGAAGAGGAUGAGAUUGGACCUUUACUCGGAAAACACAAGGAUAAGAUAAACCAAGAAUCACAGAUGGAAAAGUCCAUUUUUGACCAAUGGGAGCAGGACGAAUCUUGUUUUAUUUCAACAAAUGCUUGUGAAGAAGUAGAAAAAAUAAUCAAAAGCAGGAACCUGGUUAUAGUGGGUGGUCACUCAGGAUCCGGAAAGUCAGCCAUUAUUCAACACAUCGCACUCAAAUACAGAAAGCAGGGCUGGACCGUAAGACGAGUAACGGAGGUAAAAGAAAUUGUGAAUGAAUAUUCUUCAAGUCGAUUUCAAAAGAAUAAAACUAUUUGUGUUUUUAAUGAUCCACUGGGAAAAGAAUCCUUUGAUGAAAUAUUGAACAAUUCAUGGCAAAGAUAUGAGGAAGAAAUAACAACUUACUUAAAGACAGCAAAACUUUUUAUGUCAUGCAGGAAUUACAUUAUUUCUGAGAGUAGGAUUACACGCUAUCUCGUUCAACAUUCAGAUAUCGUAGAUAUCAAUAAUGACCAACAUAAACUUUCCAAACAAGCAAAAAUCCAAAUUUUGAACAUAUAUAUGUCCAGUCUGAAUUUAUCAAAAGAAGAAUGCAAUCGUAUUGUUAAAACUGAAAGGUAUUUUCCGUUACUGUGUAAAUUAUAUUCGAAAAAAAAAGAAUAUCUAGGAAACAUAUUCAAAUUUUUCGAAGAACCUGUUACAGUUUUAGAAGGAGAAAUAUCUUAUUUCAAAAACAAAAACAAAGAAAAAUACUUAGCUUUAGUUCUUCUUGUUCUUUUUAAUAAUAAGAUUUGCAUUGGUAAUCUCUUAGAAAACAAAGAAUACACCGAAGAGUUUAAACAUGGGUUAAACCUCUGCGGAUUUAAUAGCAUGGCACCUUCUGAAGUAGUCAACAAUCUUGACUCCCUGAACGAAUAUUUGGUCAAGAAAGUAGGCGACACGUACCAUUUUUAUCAUGACUUUGUAAUGGAAGUUACUACGCAUGUGUUUGGAACAGAUUAUCCCACUGAAACAAUAAAAUACGCCGAUAUUGGCUUCCUCAGAAGAAGAGUAAAAUUGGGAAAUUUUGACAAACACGACGACUCGUUCACUAUUUAUCUAAGUGACAAAUACAUUGAGAAACUUGGAGAAAGACUUUAUACUGAACUGUUUGGAGAACGCGUGGUAGAUGUCGUACUCAACCCUUGUCUAAAGAAUGAAAAAGUAAUCGAAGUACUGCAAAAAAAGAUAGCAGGUCAUCCCGAAAAUCACUAUAUGCUACUUGAAACAAAGAAACUUACAAUUGAUAAACAAAAACUUGAUUUGACUUCUAAAACAGUACUAAUGAAUAAACUUGAAUUUCUGGAAUUAGAAAAUGAAGUAUCGCCAUUGUUUGUUUUGAUUGUAUUUUGUCAUACACAACUUUCGCUAUAUUGCUUGAAUUUUCUUGAGCAAAAGCAUACCGACAACAGCUGUUUUUCUGCAGUGUGUUGCAAUGGUUCAACAGAAUUGUUUAAUUAUGUUUGUAAAGACAACGCAGAAGAAUCUUUUAAUAAGACAUGGGGAGAUUUAUGUCAUAUUCACAUUGUAUCCUUGUUCCAUAAUCAUGACCUACUCAAUAAGCUUAUUAAGGAAGGUGUAAAUGUCAAUAGAAAGACUGACAAUUACGGUGGUUGGACACCCCUUAUGUUAGCAGCUGGUAACGAUAUCCGAGAAAACGAUGACUAUAACCAUAGGGAAACAGGUGCAGAACGAAGGGAUAAAACUGUACAACUUUUACUGAGUAAUGGAGCAGACAUUAAUUUAUGUCUAGAGAACGGAACCAGUCCUCUCUAUAUAGCUUGUGGAAACGGACAUGAUAGCACUGUACAACUUUUACUGAGUAAUGGAGCAGACAUUAAUUUAUAUCUAGAGAAAGGAGCCAGUCCUCUCCAUAUAGCUUGUCAAAACGGACAUAAUAGCACUGUACAACUUUUACUGAGUAAUGGAGCAGACAUUAAUUUAUGUCUAGAGAACGGAACCAGUCCUCUCUUUAUAGCUUGUCAAAACGGACAUAAUAGCACUGUACAACUUUUACUGAGUAAUGGAGCAGACAUUAAUUUAUGUGACGAGGACGGAGCCAGUCCUCUCUAUAUAGCUUGUCUAAUCGGACAUAAUAGCACUGUAAAACUUUUACUGAGUAGUGGAGCAGACAUUAAUUUAUGUCUAGAGAAAGGAGCCAGUCCUCUCUAUAUAGCUUGUCAAAACGGACAUAAUAGCACUGUACAACUUUUACUGAGUAAUCGAGCAGACAUUAAUUUAUGUGAGGAGGACGGCGCCAGUCCUCUCCAUAUAGCUUGUCAAAACGGACAUGAUAGCACUGUGCAACUUUUACUGAGUAAUGGAGCAGACAUUAAUUUAUGCAUGAAAAACGGAGCCAGUCCUCUCCAUGUAGCUUGUCUAAACGGACAUGAUAGCACUGUACAACUUUUACUGAAGAAUGGAGCGGACAUUAAUUUAUGUAAAGAGAACGGAGUCAGUCCUCUCUAUAUAGCUUGUCAAAACGGACAUGAUAGCACUGUACAACUUUUACUGAAUAAUGGAGCAGACAUUAAUUUAUGUGAGGAGGAAGGCGUCAGUCCUCUCUAUAUAGCUUGUCAAAACGGACAUGAUAGCACUGUACAACUUUUACUGAGUAAUCGAGCAGACAUUAAUUUAUGUCUAGAGGACGGAACCAGUCCUCUCCAUGUAGCUUGUCUAAACGGACAUGAUAGCUUUGUACAACUUUUACUGAAGAAUGGAGCGGACAUUAAUUUAUGUAAAGAGAACGGAGUCAGUCCUCUCUAUAUAGUUUGUGAAAACGGACAUAAUAGCACUGUACAACUUUUACUGAGUAAUGGAGCAGACAUUAAUUUAUGUCUAGAGGACGGAACCAGUCCUCUCUAUAUAGCUUGUCAAAACGGACAUGAUAGCACUGUACAACUUUUACUGAAUAAUGGAGCAGACAUUAAUUUAUGUGAGGAGGAAGGCGUCAGUCCUCUCUAUAUAGCUUGUCAAAACGGACAUGAUAGCACUGUACAACUUUUACUGAGUAAUCGAGCAGACAUUAAUUUAUGUCUAGAGGACGGAACCAGUCCUCUCCAUGUAGCUUGUCUAAACGGACAUGAUAGCAUUGUACAACUUUUACUGAAGAAUGGAGCGGACAUUAAUUUAUGUAAAGAGAACGGAGUCAGUCCUCUCUAUAUAGCUUGUGAAAACGGACAUAAUAGCACUGUACAACUUUUACUGAGUAAUGGAGCAGACAUUAAUUUAUGUCUAGAGGACGGAACCAGUCCUCUCUAUAUAGCUUGUCAAAACGGACAUGAUAGCACUGUACAACUUUUACUGAAUAAUGGAGCAGACAUUAAUUUAUGUGAGGAGGAAGGCGUCAGUCCUCUCUAUAUAGCUUGUCAAAACGGACAUGAUAGCACUGUACAACUUUUACUGAGUAAUGGAGCAGACAUUAAUUUAUGUCUAGAGAACGGAACCAGUCCUCUCUAUAUAGCUUGUGGAAACGGACAUGAUAGCACUGUACAACUUUUACUGAGUAAUGGAGCAGACAUUAAUUUAUAUCUAGAGAAAGGAGCCAGUCCUCUCCAUAUAGCUUGUCAAAACGGACAUAAUAGCACUGUACAACUUUUACUGAGUAAUGGAGCAGACAUUAAUUUAUGUCUAGAGAACGGAACCAGUCCUCUCUUUAUAGCUUGUCAAAACGGACAUAAUAGCACUGUACAACUUUUACUGAGUAAUGGAGCAGACAUUAAUUUAUGUGACGAGGACGGAGCCAGUCCUCUCUAUAUAGCUUGUCUAAUCGGACAUAAUAGCACUGUAAAACUUUUACUGAGUAGUGGAGCAGACAUUAAUUUAUGUCUAGAGAAAGGAGCCAGUCCUCUCUAUAUAGCUUGUCAAAACGGACAUAAUAGCACUGUACAACUUUUACUGAGUAAUCGAGCAGACAUUAAUUUAUGUGAGGAGGACGGCGCCAGUCCUCUCCAUAUAGCUUGUCAAAACGGACAUGAUAGCACUGUGCAACUUUUACUGAGUAAUGGAGCAGACAUUAAUUUAUGCAUGAAAAACGGAGCCAGUCCUCUCCAUGUAGCUUGUCUAAACGGACAUGAUAGCACUGUACAACUUUUACUGAAGAAUGGAGCGGACAUUAAUUUAUGUAAAGAGAACGGAGUCAGUCCUCUCUAUAUAGCUUGUCAAAACGGACAUGAUAGCACUGUACAACUUUUACUGAAUAAUGGAGCAGACAUUAAUUUAUGUGAGGAGGAAGGCGUCAGUCCUCUCUAUAUAGCUUGUCAAAACGGACAUGAUAGCACUGUACAACUUUUACUGAGUAAUCGAGCAGACAUUAAUUUAUGUCUAGAGGACGGAACCAGUCCUCUCCAUGUAGCUUGUCUAAACGGACAUGAUAGCUUUGUACAACUUUUACUGAAGAAUGGAGCGGACAUUAAUUUAUGUAAAGAGAACGGAGUCAGUCCUCUCUAUAUAGCUUGUGAAAACGGACAUAAUAGCACUGUACAACUUUUACUGAGUAAUGGAGCAGACAUUAAUUUAUGUCUAGAGGACGGAACCAGUCCUCUCUAUAUAGCUUGUCAAAACGGACAUGAUAGCACUGUACAACUUUUACUGAAUAAUGGAGCAGACAUUAAUUUAUGUGAGGAGGAAGGCGUCAGUCCUCUCUAUAUAGCUUGUCAAAACGGACAUGAUAGCACUGUACAACUUUUACUGAGUAAUCGAGCAGACAUUAAUUUAUGUCUAGAGGACGGAACCAGUCCUCUCCAUGUAGCUUGUCUAAACGGACAUGAUAGCAUUGUACAACUUUUACUGAAGAAUGGAGCGGACAUUAAUUUAUGUAAAGAGAACGGAGUCAGUCCUCUCUAUAUAGCUUGUGAAAACGGACAUAAUAGCACUGUACAACUUUUACUGAGUAAUGGAGCAGACAUUAAUUUAUGUCUAGAGGACGGAACCAGUCCUCUCUAUAUAACUUGUCAAAACGGACAUGAUAGCACUGUACAACUUUUACUGAAUAAUGGAGCAGACAUUAAUUUAUGUGAGGAGGAAGGCGUCAGUCCUCUCUAUAUAGCUUGUCAAAACGGACAUGAUAGCACUGUACAACUUUUACUGAGUAAUGGAGCAGACAUUAAUUUAUGUCUAGAGAACGGAACCAGUCCUCUCUAUAUAGCUUGUGGAAACGGACAUGAUAGCACUGUACAACUUUUACUGAGUAAUGGAGCAGACAUUAAUUUAUAUCUAGAGAAAGGAGCCAGUCCUCUCCAUAUAGCUUGUCAAAACGGACAUAAUAGCACUGUACAACUUUUACUGAGUAAUGGAGCAGACAUUAAUUUAUGUCUAGAGAACGGAACCAGUCCUCUCUUUAUAGCUUGUCAAAACGGACAUAAUAGCACUGUACAACUUUUACUGAGUAAUGGAGCAGACAUUAAUUUAUGUGACGAGGACGGAGCCAGUCCUCUCUAUAUAGCUUGUCUAAUCGGACAUAAUAGCACUGUAAAACUUUUACUGAGUAGUGGAGCAGACAUUAAUUUAUGUCUAGAGAAAGGAGCCAGUCCUCUCUAUAUAGCUUGUCAAAACGGACAUAAUAGCACUGUACAACUUUUACUGAGUAAUCGAGCAGACAUUAAUUUAUGUGAGGAGGACGGCGCCAGUCCUCUCCAUAUAGCUUGUCAAAACGGACAUGAUAGCACUGUGCAACUUUUACUGAGUAAUGGAGCAGACAUUAAUUUAUGCAUGAAAAACGGAGCCAGUCCUCUCCAUGUAGCUUGUCUAAACGGACAUGAUAGCACUGUACAACUUUUACUGAAGAAUGGAGCGGACAUUAAUUUAUGUAAAGAGAACGGAGUCAGUCCUCUCUAUACAGCUUUUUAAAACGGACAUGAUAGCACUGUACAACUUUUACUGAAUAAUGGAGCAGACAUUAAUUUAUGUGAGGAGGAAGGCGUCAGUCCUCUCUAUAUAGCUUGUCAAAACGGACAUGAUAGCACUGUACAACUUUUACUGAGUAAUCGAGCAGACAUUAAUUUAUGUCUAGAGGACGGAACCAGUCCUCUCCAUGUAGCUUGUCUAAACGGACAUGAUAGCUUUGUACAACUUUUACUGAAGAAUGGAGCGGACAUUAAUUUAUGUAAAGAGAACGGAGUCAGUCCUCUCUAUAUAGCUUGUGAAAACGGACAUAAUAGCACUGUACAACUUUUACUGAGUAAUGGAGCAGACAUUAAUUUAUGUCUAGAGGACGGAACCAGUCCUCUCUAUAUAGCUUGUCAAAACGGACAUGAUAGCACUGUACAACUUUUACUGAAUAAUGGAGCAGACAUUAAUUUAUGUGAGGAGGAAGGCGUCAGUCCUCUCUAUAUAGCUUGUCAAAACGGACAUGAUAGCACUGUACAACUUUUACUGAGUAAUCGAGCAGACAUUAAUUUAUGUCUAGAGGACGGAACCAGUCCUCUCCAUGUAGCUUGUCUAAACGGACAUGAUAGCAUUGUACAACUUUUACUGAAGAAUGGAGCGGACAUUAAUUUAUGUAAAGAGAACGGAGUCAGUCCUCUCUAUAUAGCUUGUGAAAACGGACAUAAUAGCACUGUACAACUUUUACUGAGUAAUGGAGCAGACAUUAAUUUAUGUCUAUAGGACGGAACCAGUCCUCUCUAUAUAGGUUGUCAAAACGGACAUGAUAGCACUGUACAACUUUUACUGAAUAAUGGAGCAGACAUUAAUUUAUGUGAGGAGGAAGGCGUCAGUCCUCUCUAUAUAGCUUGUCAAAACGGACAUGAUAGCACUGUACAACUUUUACUGAGUAAUGGAGCAGACAUUAAUUUAUGUCUAGAGGACGGAACCAGUCCUCUCUAUAUAGCUUGUUUAGUCGGACAUAAUAGCACUGUAAAACUUUUACUGAGUAAUGGAGCAGACAUUAAUUUAUGUGAGGAGGAAGGCGUCAACUGAGUAAUGAGUAAUGUAGCUUGUCUAAACGGACAUGAUAGCAUUGUACAACUUUUACUGAAGAAUGGAGCGGACAUUAAUUUAUGUAAAGAGAACGGAGUCAGUCCUCUCUAUAUAGCUUGUGAAAACGGACAUAAUAGCACUGUACAACUUUUACUGAGUAAUGGAGCAGACAUUAAUUUAUGUCUAGAGGACGGAACCAGUCCUCUCUAUAUAGCUUGUCAAAACGGACAUGAUAGCACUGUACAACUUUUACUGAAUAAUGGAGCAGACAUUAAUUUAUGUGAGGAGGAAGGCGUCAGUCCUCUCUAUAUAGCUUGUCAAAACGGACAUGAUAGCACUGUACAACUUUUACUGAGUAAUGGAGCAGACAUUAAUUUAUGUCUAGAGGACGGAACCAGUCCUCUCUAUAUAGCUUGUUUAGUCGGACAUAAUAGCACUGUAAAACUUUUACUGAGUAAUGGAGCAGACAUUAAUUUAUGUCUAGAGGACGGAACCAGUCCUCUCUAUAUAGCUUGUCAAAACGGACAUGAUAGCACUGUACAACUUUUACUGAAUAAUGGAGCAGACAUUAAUUUAUGUGAGGAGGAAGGCGUCAGUCCUCUCUAUAUAGCUUGUCAAAACGGACAUGAUAGCACUGUACAACUUUUACUGAGUAAUGGAGCAGACAUUAAUUUAUGUCUAGAGGACGGAACCAGUCCUCUCUAUAUAGCUUGUCAAAACGGACAUGAUAGCACUGUACAACUUUUACUGAGUAAUGGAGCAGACAUUAAUUUAUGUAGAGAGAACGGAGCCAGUCCUCUCUAUAUAGCUUGUCAAAACGGACAUGAUAGCACUGUACAACUUUUACUGAGUAAUGGAGCAGACAUUAAUUCAUGUGAGGAAAAUGGAGCCGGUCCUCUCUUAAUAGCUUGUUUAAAUGAACGUGAUAGCACUGUACAUCUUUUACUGAGUAAUGGAGCAGACAUUAAUUUAUGUACGAAAGACAGAGUCAGCCCUCUUAUGUAUGCUUUUGUGAAUAGACAUUACGAAACUGUUAAUAUUUUACUCAACAACGGUGCAGACUCUAGCCUGGCUUGUGGAUGGGAAGUCAAUCCCGCCUUGGUUGAGUGCUUAGAUAAACAAGACUGUACAGUGGUAUUUUUAAAACAAAAAGGCAACAUUUCAAAUAACUUGUAUGACCCCGAUUCGUAUUUUUCUCUGUUUGUAUCAUGUCAGGUAGAAAGAGUGACAAGAACACAAUAUUUAAAGAACGAGUCUAAAUAAUUUCACGUUCAAAAUAACAUAUACAUGUAUAAAUCAUUUGGUGAACUGAGAUAUUAAAUACGAGUAUGCAAUUCAGGAUAUGGAAGCACACCUGAUGUUAAAAACGGACGUUUUGAUACCCCUGAAGUGUCUAUAUAAUUGUUUUAGAUAAGCAAAGUGAUCUUUAAGGGAAAAGAGUAUAUUUGUUUUGAUUAACUUUUUAUUCUAUUUAUUUAUAUAUUUAUAUUUUAUUUAUUUAGAAUGAGAGAAAAGUAUAAGAUCGGUUUAUCUAUCAUUGACUUUAAGUGUUGAUAUCUACUGUACUACCAUAUAUUGGAUAAGUAAAUGUAUAUAAUUGUGAGGAGAGUAUGAUUACAGGUACAACCAUCAGUCUACAUGAAACAAAUGAUAUCUGCGUACGUUUAGCAGAAUUAUAUUUCUUUUAAUAUGUAUGUCUUGUGUUUACGCUUGUCUAGUUAUGAAAUAAAUUGAUGGAAAUAAA